CGGGAAAAUCUUGCCACACACAACUGCAGCAAAGGAUGCGGAUAACAGGAUAUGAACUGGUUGACUUUUAAUGAGGACGUAUUUUGGUAUUGAGACUAAAGUUACUUCAUGAUCUGAAGACAAUAUGGCUGAAGAACUGAUAAAAAAUGUUGUGGAUAUUAUGGAGAGUGCCCACACACAGAAAAUGCAGUUGUCAGAACUGCUCCACUCCUUGGAUGAGGCACAGGAUCAGGUCAAUCAGAGUGCUGACAAGUCCAGAUCUGAGUUGAAAGCACAUUUCCAGACACUGAAGAAAGCCAUUGACCUAGCGCUGGAUGACCGGCUGACCACUCUCAUAAAGGAAGUGGACAAGAUAGAGAAGUCUGCCUCGGUUCCCCUCAGUCAGUGUAAAGAUAUGAUCAACCAAGGAAUGGACGCUGCCACCAGAGUGAUGGACGAAGGUGGUUCCAUUUUGUCUGAUAACCCAGCACAGAAGGUUGAGCAAAUGGUCCGGUUGAAAGAUAAUCCUGACACAAGAGCACUGAACAGUGUUCCAGCUGUGCCUCACUUGAGUGACGUGCCUUGCAUCAGUGUGGAGUUAGAUCGAGAUUUCCAGGACAGACUGUCCCAACUUAUCGCUCUGGAGGGAAAGGUCCUAGAGCGUAGUCCCAUACAGAUCACUGACACUAUAGAACGUCCUGGGGGCAUUCUGGUCAAGUGGAUAGAGGUUGAUGAGGAAUUGGAAGUGUCAGAGUUUUGUCUACAGUAUUGUUAUGGUAAUGCCAAAACUGCCUCUAGUCCAACAUUCCACACAGCAUAUACUGGCCCAAAUACUUCUUACACCGUUAAAAACCUUGGGACCAACACCCCAUACUCAUUCUGUGUCAGUUGUCGUAGCAGCAAUAACAACAGCAGUUGGCCAUGGAGUGUAUCAAGUGUGCCAUGUAUAGCACAAACAACAAUACCACACUAUGAGUGGUCCUCUGAAUGUCCCAGCUACACAGUGACUUAUGAAAACAAGAUCGCCACUAGGAAUGAUUCUGGUGACACCAUGGUUCUCUACUCCAACGCUAGCUCCUGUGUACCUGGACACCCAAUUACCUUCAAGGUAAUUUCCGUCGGAGAGACAUCACCAUUUGACAGUGUUGGCCUCAGUCUGGACAACAGCAACACUGACACGUUACAACGGGAUGAUGCCAUAUUUGUCACAAAAACAGGAUGUGUCUUCGUUGAUGGCCAAGAAAUGAAGAUCAAGCUACCGGAAAUGAAAAAAGGAUCUUUGUUAACCUUUGACCUUGAAGAACUGUCCAAUGGUAAGGUGCGAGUCAGUGUGGAACUGGAGGAAAAAGUUGUUACGUUUGAUUGGAAAGUGCCACAACCACCAGGACUCGUUGGACUUCCUGGUGGCUGCGGACUCGGAGGAGGCCUACUAGGAGAGAGUAAACGCAAGUUUUACUUUGGAAUGAAAUUUAGUCAUGAAGAUUGGAAAAUUUUAGUUGAAUAGAAUCAAACUUGAUCUUUCUGACGUCAAUUUUGUAAAAAUCUCACAUUUAAAGUUGGAAAGAGUGAAGCCUUUUUUUCAGAAAACAUUUCAUACAUAUUGGCUGAUAUUAAGAAUUUUAACCUCUACCAAUAUUGCCUCAUACGCGUGAUAUUUAAUACAUUCGUUGCAAGGUUUUGAGUAAUUACAAUAUUUUCCUUUAAAACAUUUUGGAUUGUAAAAUCAAAUGACUAUGUCAGAAGUUUAUAGAUUAAAUCAUUAUGAGAAACAAACACACAGGAUGUGAAUUUUAUUGAUGUAUAACAUACUGUGUUGAAAAUUUUCCUGUUGGAGUCUUGUACAUCAUUGAUUAUGGAGAGUAAUUUGAUAACAGGAACAGAAAGCAGUAUUGAGGAAUGAAUGGGCUAUAAAAAUACUGCUAACUUUGUAUUUGUUAGAUCAUAUUAACAUCAGAAGUGGCAUUCAUUCAGUGAAUGAUUUAAAAUGUUUUUAAAAAUAUAUUGUUAAUUUACCAUGGAAGAAAAAUGUAGCCAAUGUAUUAAUAUAGAGACAGAAGAUCCUAGACUUCUUAACUAAGACAUUCCUGCUGUGGCCUUUGCUUCGUAGAUUGCUGUAGGAGAUGUUCAUUACAAUGUAUCCUAAUAAAGUCAUUUUUAUUAUUGCAAUAAGUCCAUGCCUCAUUAGGACCUAUACCUAAUACAGUGUGGUUCCAUCUUGUUAAAGAACAAUUAUUAAUAUGAAUUGAUAAAAAAAAUUUCAUCGUUGUUGAAAAAAUUUACGAUUUAUUGGGGUGAAGUUAUUGAAAAUGAAUGAAAUAAUUCUACAUUUUGUACAUAUCAACUUUAACCUUAACACCUAUGGUACAGGUUUGGUUCCUUAGUCAAAUAUGAAAAAGAAAUUUGGUCAUUCACCUGACUUUGUGUUUCAACCCAGGCCAAAAAAAUUGAAUGAUAUAAGUUGAUGAGAAUUAGCUCAUGAUUGAUUGAAAAUUAAAUGAAAUUGAGUCAUAAUAUUUGGCACGUCAAUUUAUUUAUACAGAAAAAAAUUUAACAGGCAUGUAGGAAAGACAUAUGAGACAAGGCUUGGGCUUGUAGUUUGAAAUUAGGCACAGGCUUCUACGUGUGUUGUUCAUGAAAUAAUCUAAAAGUUCGUACCCUUUUGGUCUUGCUAAGCAGUACUGGCCUAGAAUGUGUUGAUAUCAUUGGUAAAUUCUAGCACCUCCCAUCACGGCAGGGCUUACAUUUUCAUAUCAUCAUGUUUAUCGCUGCUGACUUGCAUCAUGCUUGUAUUAUUACAAUGUACUAAAUGUGAUGAUGAUGUUUCCUAAUGUGCUUUAACAAGUUAAUAAAUAGUCUCAUAUCACCAUUUUUUUUAAAAAUUCAUGUUUGAUAUUUGAAGUAUAUAUAACAUGUUAUUAAGGUUAUUCCUUUAAAAACACUAGUUUAUAACAAAUGACAGUAUAUUAAAUAUUGAUAGCGAAUUUGUUUAUAUUGUAUCGAGUCAGAAUCCAGCCAGUCUGUUGUAUAUUGAAAUGUUCUUUGUUGGCAUAUAAGAAAAUAUAUAUACAGAAGAAAGCGUGUUAUUUCACAAAAAAUAAGAUAGUUCAUAAGGGAUUUUAUGCAUUGUUAAACAAAGUCUAAUUGUAAUUUUAUACGAAACCUGAAAGGGUGAUCUUUUCCUGCCAUAAUGAUUAAACAUAGAUUUGUCGUCCAGUAUAUCUUGAUAAAAUAAAUGAAUUGUUGACAAGUUAGAUAUGUAUUUAUCUGUAGGAGAGCUACUAGUACUAUGAAUGUUUGGGUUUGUUUCAGAAAUUAUUUUUGAGAUCAGUCAAAAAAAAAAUUUUUUUUGACCAUAAGUAGCCAGUUCCAAUAUUUAAGAAAAUAUUUUCUCAAUAAUUUUAAAGUUUUUUAAUUUUUGAGAUUGGAAAAUGGAAUAUUCAGACAACCAAUUCUAAUUUUUGUUGUAUUUUUUUUUAAUUUAUAUGAAUUCAGUUAUAUUCCA